GAGUUUAAUUACGGUACCGGUACUAUAUAUACUAUAUACUUCGUGCGAUAUAUUUGGCAAGCGCAAGGGGUUGACCGGUAAAUUUCACUAUGGCCAACGAAGCCCUCCAGAAAAAACUUCAAGAGGAGCUAGAGAAGUUCAAGGCAUCAGAGAAGGAAUACCAAAAUGCUGUUGGCUUAAGAAAGCAAUUAGAUGCACAAUUAAAUGAAAACUCUAUGGUGAAAGAUGAACUUGAUCUUCUAGAAGCAGGGAGCAAGGUGUUUAAGAUGAUGGGUCCUGUUCUUAUACAUCAAGAUGUGGAAGAGGCCAAUGCCACUGUCAAGAAACGAAUGGAAUACAUCACAGGAGAAGUGAAAAGGUAUGAUAUCCAAAUCAAGGAUCUAGAGAAGAAGCAAGAAGCCCAUAGAGAGAAAUUAGGUAAACUCCAACAAGAGUUCUCCAAAGCGCACAUGAAAGCAGGUGGAAAGACAUAAUGACAACACAGCUUGUAGCCAUACUGACUGUAUCAAACUUUUUUUUUUAAUGUUGUGUGUUUGGAAGGUGUACUUAGCAAACCAUAUGUCCUUCUUUCUCUGUGACCUGUCAGCAAAGGAUCAUUUAUGUUGCUGCUGAUCAACGCCUAGUCAUCCAAUGUCAGCAGGAACUGUCGAGUAGCCACUGGACAAAGUUUUCUGUUCCGUCAUGAACUCUCUUUGCUUCUUGGGGAAGAACAUCUUUCAUCAAUGUGUCCAUCUUGACAGAUUCAUCAUGUAUUUGAAGAGCACUUCAAAAUCUGCAUUUAUUUAUUGAAUACAAAGCUAAAUCUUCAUUAGUCUAAUUAUUUAGGGCCACCAAAAGUAAAAGUUUAAUGUAUUCUGAAUUUCAGAAUAAUUUCAUACAGCAGAGAGAGAUUCUGGUUUUAAAAAUGACAUGAAUACACCGUACUUCUCAAUACCCUACACAUCUGGUUUAUGUCCAUCACUUUUUGGUAAAGUAUAAAUUCUAGACAACAUGCAUGUUGGACAUCAUACUGUGACUAUGUAUAUCUCAAUUUAAUAUUAUAAUAACUGAGUUAUCCACUCCUCACAUCAGAUUUUACCCUCUGUGGCAAAUUUUGUCAUUUGCAUGAGGCUUGUAGGAAUUGUCUAACAUGAUAUCCAUUGGACCAAUGAAUUGCACAUGACAGAUUGUUAAGUUUGUUCAUGACAGAUGUGAUAUACCAACUAUUAUCAAUAUGCCUCACUUUUUUUUUAAUCAAAUAUUUCAGGAGCCUGUUGAAUAAUGGGGUUAUUUGUAAAGUACUCCUUUUUUGUCUGAUGUAUGAUACUUUUAAGCUAGAUAACAAAUAGAAUUAUGUGUGUUUGCUGUUUCCCAUUCUAUACCCCAAGCAAAUUGUUCAAUUCACGUUUUUUUUUAAUUUGUGCAAAUUGCAUUUUCAUUCAUAAUCAUUUAUGGUAAUUAAGUAAUUAAGUUUUUCUAUGCUUGUUUUGGUUUUUUUUCUGUAAAAGAACAGCAAUAUACAGUGCAUCCAAGAAAAAACAAACUGUAAUAUAGUGUAAUUUUUGCCACCAUAUUCAUAAUUCAUUAGAUGUACAUUAAUGAAAAGAUAUGCUUCCCCUCUUUCAUUUGAAGCCCAUCUCAAUAUAAAUAAUGCACGCAUGACUGAGUAAGAAAAACAGAAAGUGGUGCUACCAAUUUUCCAUUUGCACGAGCAUAUUACGAUUUUAGGUGAGUCUUCUCGCUUUUACUGCUAUCUAUUCAGAAAACAAUGGUCAUAACUUAGAUAUCCAUUUUUCUUCUUUCAUAUGAGACCUUGUGUGUAAAAAUAUGGUACAUGUAUGCAUGGCUGAGAAAAAAAUUGCAUGAAAACAUGCUUGAUUUCUAGUUUUCUACCUAUUGGACAGAUCCAACAAAGCAGCAGACAAUUGGAUAACGAUGAAUGCAGGGUGAGUGUGAAUUUUUGGUUGGCUUGGAUGCUAUGUUUGUAUUUUUUCUCACUUUAAAAAAAUUGCUUGAAGUGAUUAGACAAGGCAGGGUCAGCAGUAUGUUUGAUGGGGGGGGGGGGGGAGACCCACUUAAAAAAACAACCUCCCAAGUAAAAAAAAGGCUUUCUCCUAAACACUUGUAAAAAGUGAUGUACCUCUUUUCUGUUUCGCCCGCCCCUUAAAACAAGUUUCGCAGCCCUGUGAAAUGUCACGACGAAUGAAACGACCGAGAGAAAUUUGAGAUAAAAAUUAUCAAUACUAUUACUGUAACAGUGAAUUUUUAUAGUGGCUAGCCAUAGACUCAAGCCUGAGAAUACCCAUAUGAGCCUUCAGUCAAGUGUCUAAUUAUAAUGAAGGGGUUUCCAGCCUGAACCACAUUCACUGUUGGCCUAUUGUCUGUUGCAUUGUUAGGAAAACAAAAAUGUGAGCUUCAUAUUAAGUUAAAAAUAUGAACCUGUUGAGCGAUUAAGGAUGAUGGCUUCAUGUCAAUAAAAACAAACAUGAAUCCAACACAAAGUUGGUAUGAAAAUAUAUAAGUUGGAAAAAGGCUUUGUUGAAUGAAAUCCCCCAGGAGUUAAAUUCAAACUGACCACUUUAUGUGCAGACACAUGGCCUAUAUUUAUACUAUCACUACAGUACCACUGAUCACCCACUCCUUAUAAUUACAUGCACAUUGAGUCACAAUGCAAUGGAUGUGCACACAGGACAGUUUGAAUUAGUUGAACAUUUUUAUAUCUAAGAAGUAGAACACCUCUGGCAGUCUCGCCUGCUUAAUGCGAUUCAACAUAGCAGCAUUGCUGACUUUGAAAUUAGGUAAAGCAGGGGGGGGGGGGGGGAUCAGAGGCUUGGUCGAAAUGCUUAUAACAGCCCUGUGCCAGCUGCACAGAAACAAUGUGCAUGUAAGUAUAUGGAUUGGAUGGUUUAUUUAAUUCCCAUUUUGUAAUUGGAUAUUGUUAAUAAAUGCAGACAUACACAAGGCAUGAAAGUGAUUUCAUGGCCCACAGUACUCUGCUGAAGAAAUUACAA